AUGAUUUUUGUCGAUGCCCUCGAUGAAUGCGAGGAACAGAGCGUGCGUGACAUGGUGUAUUACUUCCAAUCGGUUACCGAUUCCGCCCAUGCCGCAGGAGCCACUCUCGACAUCUGUUUUUCGAGCCGACACUACCCUACCAUCACCCUUCCGCGAUGCCCAGGGCUCUCUGUUGAAGACGGGAAUAGAGCCGACAUUGCGCGCUAUGUACGCGUGAAGCUGCACGUCGCAUCUCUCUUGGACGAGACCAUUUGUUCUUUGGAAACACAAAUCGUGCGGAAGGCAUCCGGAAUCUUCCUGUGGGUGGCGCUCACCGUUGAGAUGCUCAUCCGAAUGGUCGACGAUGGCAAAGUGGCUCAGAAUUUGGAAGACGCCCUGAAGCACGUCCCUGACGUUCUCGAAGAGCUGUUCUCCAACCUCUUCAACACAUUGAAGCGGGAUGAGCGAACUAAAGCCAUCCGGCUUAUCCAAUGGGUCCUUUUCGCCGCCCGCCCCCUGAGCCCGGCCGAACUGAGCCUGGCGAUUACUUUCAGCUCGGAUCACCCAUAUGAGUCCGUGCCACAUUGGCAAGCAUCAGGUGAGUACGUCCGAAGCCCUGAACAGAUGCUCCGAUUUAUUCGGAGCUAUUCUCGAGGUCUUGUUGAGGUCAAAUACAAUGUCGUGCAACUCAUUCACGAGUCGGUCCGCGAAUUCUUUCUGUCGGGAAAUGGUUUCGCUAUCCUAGAUGAUUCGCUCAUUACGGAUGGAAUCGGUCAAAGUCACUCUUUGAUUUCGAAAGCGUGCCUCAACAUCGUCGCUACCAAAGACUACCUAUCCGGUUGGCCCACAGAUUGGUGGCGCUUGAGCUCCUACGCGAAAGAAUAUCUGUUUCAUCACGGCCAGGAAGCCGAAAAAAACAGCGUUAAACCACUUUGUCUCGUGGACUUGCUCACACGAAACGAGAUGUUCCUGUGGAAACGGUGGAAAUCGUUCUCUCCUUUUAUUGAUAGGAUCUACUCGGAGGAAGAUGUUACACUCCUCUACGUGCUGUGCGCCGAAAAUCCACCUCCUGCGCGGGGUUCCUACUGGAGCAAGCCGCCGAUCCUAACGAGGCAGGCUCAUCUGCAUGUUAUGCCAUCAUCGCGGCCGCGAGGGGGCUCAGGAAUCCCAGAGAGAUAA